GCUUACGUGUCUAUUCUGGAAAAGGUGCCUUCGUUCUUCCAACUCUCACAUCAAAUGCAAACCCUGCGCUCUGCAGUCGAGAAGCAGAGUCUUUUGUUGCGAUCAAGUCCAAAGACAGGGGGAAGUCGGAGAAGUAUAAGCAAAUGGCCCAAGCAGCAGCUGGUCAUCAUGAAAUGGAGAACAAAUGUUUCAGGUUAGUGAGUGGCCAUACCAUCCCUGCUGUUGGGUUGGGCACUUGGAGGGCUGGUUCUCAAGCCACAGAUGCCGUCUUAUCUGCAAUUUUAGAGGCUGGAUAUCGGCAUGUUGAUACAGCAACAGAGUAUGAAGUCCAGGAGUCUGUGGGCGAAGGUCUGCAGGCCGCCAUGCAAGCAGGCAUUGAUAGGAAGGACCUAUUCAUCACGUCUAAACUAUGGUGCUUCGAUCUAUCACCCGAGAGGGUUAGGCCUGCUUUGAUGAUGACCCUUGAAGAGCUUCAGCUUGAUUAUCUUGAUCUCUAUCUCAUUCACUGGCCGUUUAGGCUUCGUGAAGGUGCAAGCAGACCUCCAAAGCCAGGUGAUGUGUUAGAUUUCGACAUGGAAGGAGUGUGGAAAGAAAUGGAGAAGCUGGUAAAAGACAAGCUGGUCAGAGACAUUGGUGUCAGCAAUUACACCGUCAAGAAGCUUAACACGUUGCUGGGAUUUGCAGAGAUCAUGCCGUCUGUUUGUCAGAUGGAGAUGCAUCCUGGGUGGAGCAACGACAAAAUGUUGCAAUGUUGUAAGAGUAACAGGAUACAUGUUACUGUAAGUGAUAGACAUGGUGGAUUCCCUGUUCGAAGUGUGUCUUCUUAUUUGUUUAACAAAACCCCAGGGCAGGUCUUAGUGAGGUGGGGACUGCAAAGAGGAACGAGUGUCAUUCCUAAGUCUACACAUGAGGAGCGGAUCAAGGAAAAUAUACAAGUCUUCGAUUGGGAGAUCCCUCCUGAAAGUUUCGAGGAGAUUCAUAGGUUGCCGGAACAGAAGAGAGUGUUGACAGGGGAGACGCUUUUUGUUAACAAAGAAGAGGGCCCCUACAGGAGCGCAGCAGAGUUAUGGGACAAUGAAGACUGAUGAGCUAGCUUCUUGGGUUUUGUGAUUGUUGAUCGCUUGUAAUUUAAGCUCGGAUUUGGGUUGUUGGUAGGACAUAAACGCACUCUGUGCCCACAUCCCUGGAGGUAGAAUCAAGGGCUAUGGAGGACACCUAAUUUUCAUCGUCGGCGAUGGUUUGGCAGAGUUAUUUUCUUCUCUUCUCCUUUCUAAGUGGCUGCUCUUCUUAUAUUAAAGCUCAUCAUGUUCCUUUCAUACAUAAUCAUCCAAGAUAUCAAGAUUCCAAGUAAA